CGUGACUGAUAUUCCAUCCUCGCCAUUUUGCAAUGUGGGAGAGAGGGAGGCCACUUUUUUAUGGCUAACGAAUAAAAAAAAGAGCAGUUUUAUGUGUUGAGGACAAAGAGCGUCGAGCCGUUCAGUGUCAUCAUACAGAUGCAGAAGUGGGAGAAAGAGGAAGGUCAUGGAGGAGAUCAGCAAUGUCGCUGUACUCAUCACACACUCCUCCACUGCCUCCUCUUCCUCCUCUACGCCGUCAGCGCUGGGAUCCCUCUCUCAAACCCAAACGCAGCAAGCAGUAGAGGAGUCCCAGAGUUUUCAGCAGAGACAAGCUGCAGAUUCUCUCAUCCAGGUCAUUGAGAAGCUCAGCAAAAUCGUGGAAAAGCGGCCCCAGCGCCGCUGUACCUUGGCGGGACAGAAAAGAGCAAUCCAACAGGCCUCUUCUGCGGGGGAAGGGGGAGGAGGUGUAGAGGGGACAAGGGGGAGUAGAGGAGGCUCUCCACACAGGAAGAUAAAGAGGAACUGUAAGGAGCAGGAGAGCGUCCAGGAGGUGAGAUUAGAAAGCAGCGCGGCUGACACCGCUCUUUCUUCACGUGUGUCAGGUGACAGUAACAACAACAACAUCCCCUCCCCGGGAACAGAGGUAGCCAGCAAACCCAACAGCAGCGACCACAAGCGGACGGUGACCUGUUAUCAGUGCAGCCUGUGCCCCUAUCUCUCCCAAACGCUGCCCCUGCUGAAAGAGCACCUGAAGCAGCACAAUGAGCAGCACAGCGACCUCAUCCUCAUGUGCUCCGAGUGUCGCUUUACCUCCAGAGACCAGGGGCAGCUGGAGGCACACGUCAGGCUGCACUUCGACAACGGUGACAACCUGAAGAGGAACCCCACUGUGUCGGAUACCUCCAGUGAGCACACAGAUGAGGUUUUAAGAAAGCAGGAUGGGGACUGGACUGGGAGCAGUGUAGGAAACGAAGUGAUCAAAAGCUCAGUGGACGGUUCCAAGGAGUUACCACAGAAGAAGAAGUGGUAUAGCUACGAGGAGUAUGGAUUGUACCGCUGCCUGAUCUGCAGCUACGUGUGCAGCCAGCAGCGGAUGCUUAAGACCCACGCCUGGAAGCACGCCGGCCUGGUUGACUGCUCCUACCCUAUCUUCGAGGAUGAUGACGGGGCUCCCGGAAGGAGAGAGGCACAGACUGCGGCCAACUCUGCCGGAACCCGGGAGGAAAUGGUCGUUCUUUCCCCGGUUCUUCAAGAUAAAAGCCUCCAAAAGCUGCCCACUGCCUUCAAGCUCCAGCUGUUUGCUGCUCCGUUGGCUGUCGAAAACAAACGGGAUGUGUUGACUCACCCGGUGUCUAGUCUCAAUGAAAGUCCAAAAACGGCAGAGGAAGAGGAGGAAAGUGUGUACCCUAUCAAAGACCUGACCUCCGAGGAGCCCGUGGUGGAGGUUCACGUGACGACAGAGGCAGAGUCUGAGGUGGAGAUUGAGAGUCACCACAAUAGCACCUCUGUUGCAGACAGCUUACUGUCAUCAGCUCAGAAGAUUAUCAACAGCAGUCCCAACAGCGCCGGCCAUAUUAACGUGAUUGUAGAACGCCUUCCCUCAGCUGAGGACUCAGUCAUGGCGACUAACCCACUCCUCCUCAGCCCAGACGUGGACAGGGACAAGAGCUUACUGGAUGCAGAGGAGGAAGAGCAGGACCAUGCAGGAGCGGUGAAGGAUGAGGUGGUCCCUGGCUGCAGUGCGGGUAGCACUACUGACAGCCAGCCAGUAGGAGCUACUAUUAAAUCCUCUGUUACUAUAAGUAGCGACUCUCCGCGGGAUGAAAACAUUCCCCCCGCUGGUCGCAAGAGGACACAUUCUGAGUCUCUUCGCCUGCACUCUCUGGCUGCUGAGGCACUGGUAGCUAUGCCAAUGAGGACCCCCGAGCUCCCCACCUCCAGCACCAAGGUAAGUCUGAAGAGCAUCACAGCCCAAGCACAGAGCCAAAACACGGGCCAGAAACUCGUAGAGGUGACCCCAGCUGAACAGAAGGCUUCUGAGGUAGAAACAACAGAAGCUCUUCUGGACUUGGAGCUUCACAGCAAGAGCAGAGAGGAAGAUUUGGGGUCCCUGGGUCUGGGGGAAGGAGACGAGGAGGGUCCCGCCACUAAAGCCGGCAUCAGCCUGUCACUGCUCACCGUCAUUGAAAGACUCAGAGAGCGCUCGGACCAGAAUGCCUCAGAUGAGGAUAUCUUAAAAGAACUUCAGGACAACGCGCAGUUCCAAAACGGAGCCGUGGCCGGUGUGGUAACAGGGAACGGAGCCGGGAGUUACAUGUGUAGCAUCCCAGGAAUGGACGGGCUGGUCACCUCUCGUGAUGGCGGUCUGGUGGACUACAUCCCCGGCAGUGAUAGGCCGUACCGGUGCCGCCUGUGUCGCUACAGCAGCGGCAAUAAGGGCUACAUUAAACAGCACCUCCGGGUGCACAGGCAGAGGCAGCCGUAUCAGUGUCCCAUCUGUGAGCACAUUGCCUCAGACAGUAAGGACCUGGAGAGCCAUAUGAUCCACCACUGCAAGACCAGGAUGUACCAGUGCAAGCUGUGCCAUGAUGCCUUCCACUACAAGAGUCAGUUAAGAAAUCAUGAAAGGGAGCACCAUAGCUUCAGCAGUGAUGUGGCAGCCCUCACACCAGUCACUGAAACCGUGGCCAUGGUGGAGGAAGCCGAGCGGGUAACGGAUGAAGAAUGUGGUAUGCAGAAGAUGUAUAAGUGCGAUGUUUGCGACUACACCAGCUCUACAUAUGUUGGAGUGAGAAACCACCGGCGGAUUCAUAACUCCGACAAGCCUUAUCGGUGCUGUAGCUGUGAUUUUGCCACCACCAACAUGAACAGUUUAAAGAGCCACAUGAGGAGGCAUCCUCAGGAGCACCAGGCCAUGCAGCUACUGGAGCAGUACAGGUGCUCUCUGUGUGGCUAUGUGUGCAGUCAUCCACCAUCACUCAAAUCCCACAUGUGGAAGCACGCCGGAGACCAGAACUACAACUAUGAGCAAGUUAACAAAGCCAUUAACGAGGCCAUCUCCCAGAGCAGCCGAGCUCCUCAGAAGUUGUCCGCGGUGCUGGAGUCGGUGGCAGAGCGCCCCGUGGUGGCCCCGCCCUCAAAGGACAAAGCAAAGGGCUCAGUGGAACCACUGCCAACACCCACAUUGACGACAACAACAACAACAACAACAACAGCAGCCGGUCUGGCUGCAGACAGCUCAGGGGCCCUCCCCACAUCCACCACGGACCAUUCACAGUGGCCCGGUGAAUCCACGAGCCCCCAGGGGAGGGACCCGGCACAGCUCCAGUCUCAGAACCAGAGCCAGCCACGCACAGGCCAGCCCCCCGUCCCGGGUCCCGCCAUGGAAUACUGCGUGCUCUUGUUCUGCUGCUGCAUCUGCGGCUUCGAGUCCACCAGUAAAGAGCGGCUGAUGGAGCACAUGAAGGAGCACGAGGGAGACAUCAUCAGCAUCAUCCUUAACAAGGAGCAGCAGCAGCCAGAAGCCCAACCAGGCCUCCAAACAGCAGAGUGAGACGUGCCCCUCCCUCUCUUCCUGUUAACACUGACCCUGCGCUCUUACAGUGAUCUGCUGCCCGCAGAAGUAUUUCAUUGUGUUUGUUAACCUCAAGGCGAUUGACGAGGAUAUCAAGGUGUAAGCAUUUCACAUCUAGUUGAUUGUCAUUGUUCAGAAUGUUCUGUGGUCGGCUUGGUGUCAGAGGGGUACAACUGUGAGGCUGCUGUCCAACGCAGACACAGCAGAAAUGUAAAAAAAAACAAAAAACUAUAUUAUAAAUAGUUAAUAUUUGACAUUUAAAAGACACAAAAUGUAUCUGGAGGGGAGUGAUUUUGAUUUCAAGGGACAAGUCCGAGCUCUAACCCAAGUCUGAAUUUUUUUUUUUCACGAUACAGGGACAAGUUCAUACCUCACAAAACCACACAAUCCCUCACCAGAAAUGGAAAAAAAAGAUUUGCAUAUUUUCCAGUCUAAUUCAUAUAUUGACCAUGAGGCAGCUCUUUUAUCGCUACUGUAAUAUUUAAUGUAUUUAAUCCGACACAAUUGAGGAUCUAGCUUUGUUAAGGAGGUACAUGCACAAAUUCACGAAUGCCUAAAGGCGUGUAUCACAGCUCGAAUAUGAUUGAAUAUUUAUCAGUUUACUUUUAUGCAUGUUAGUUUCCGUUAUGCCAGUUUAAAAAGGCAAAUGUUUGUUAUUUUUGCGCAUUUGUUUUGUUUUUGUUUGUAUGAGUGACUGUAAUUUUACUCGUUGGAUCAUUAAUCAUAAAGUCUUUAGAGGAGAAAGUAAUAGUUCUCAAAGGAGGGGAAGUUGAACAGAGCAAAGUGGAAAUCAGUCUUUGAUUGAUUUUGGUUGUUGUCUGCCGGCGAGAGGUAUUGGUUUUGGGCAUGUUGACAAAAGGAAUGAUAAAAAGGGAAGUUGGCAUAGGUUCGGCUUUUUAUUUGAAUUGAAUGGUGCCUAGAUAUUUGAAAGCAGGAAUACUGCAUUGAAUCACACCUUCACUUCACUUGUGAUUGUGGUGCUAGACUCACUUUAAGAGUUGUCAUGUUUUUGUUUUUUUUAAAUCCCAUGCAAUUUAUGUUGUAUAUAAGAACAUUUUUAUAUUAACCUUUACUCUUUUUUUUUUUUUGGUCAGUGUUUUUAAAAACUUCUUUUGACUAGUGUCAAAUGCAACUUUAAAUGACUGCUGUCCCAGCUAAAAAACAACAUGCCUGAAAUAAUAAGACAUAAAAAUAAAGCUUGGAAGGCGACGCGUUUUUUGAGGUUUCUUAGCGUAGUCCUCCCAUGUCCUCUCAUGUGACUAAAGGCAUGAGUGUAAUAUAAUUACUGCAGCUCUGAUGUGUAUAAAUCCCCCGCACAGUGUAAUGAACGCAAACUUCGAUCUACAAAAGCUUCAUGUUUACUGUGAUGGAUUGUCUUGCUGUGUGGAAGUUAUUUUUCAUGCAGAAAAGAGAGAAAUUGAACCCCUAAUGUCUCAAAUGAUGCUGACUGUGCAGAAAAACGAACGAAAGGGGAAAGGAGUACUGGCACAAAUCUAACUUAUCUAGUCACCCAGAUGCAUGUUGGGAACAAUCUAAAUAUGCCUCGCACUUUAAUUCAAACUGUGCCAUUCAUUCGGAAUACAAAGUAAAAGAAAAAAUGAUGCGUUUGUGUUGAUUUUUGAUGCUCUUGAAGCAUCACAAAAUUGAAAUGAACAGAAAAUUAUACAAAGAUUGAAGAUAAGGCAGAAUAAAUUAUCCUCUUAAACCAAACACUCAGUGUCAAAGCCUCAACCCAAAUAAUGUAUCAUGCAGUCCUGCCAUGCAGAACACACUGUCACGUUAGUUCAUCAGUAUGCCAUCCCUUUUCUUACAUCCACAGAGGCUGAGGAAAUUAAGAUAAAAUGGAAUAUCCAUAAUUCAUUCAGUCUGCACGUGUGCGUAGCGUGGUGGAUAAAACAAAAUGAAAUCUCUAUCUCAGACCUGUUACCUGGGCUGGAUUUCUCAUUAUCAAAGCAGGUUAUUAUUGUCUGGCUUUUAAUUUACAAUUAUACGUGGCAGAAUUAGAUGGUUAUAUGUCCGAGUUAAAAAAAAAAUAAAUAAAAGUGGGACUUCAGUUCCCCGUCUGCCUGGUUAACGCGGCAUCCGUGUUAAUGAGCAGUGAGAGUUAAAGACUGGACCGACCACACACAGUCAGCCCAGCACUCUCCUCUCUGUCAUAUGGGGAUCUGCUAUUAAUCUGACAGCUCGUAAUUAUUCAGCUCCAAAAAUUAAUUCUGGUUAAAGGCCCCCGGUGGAGUUUUUGACCCCCUAGUAGCGCUUUGGAGCUGUACCUCCAUGAGUGAGUCCACGAGGACGCACGUGUGCACAGGUCAUGUGAUACACAAUCCUGCCAACGGCUUGACACUGUUCCACUGAUCCACAGGUGGCGGUAGUGUUCUGAGAUAUGCAGCAGUGUGCUAGCAAAGGAGGCUCUUAAAAGCUAUUAAACACUGAUGUAAACAAAGCAGGGUUUAAAAUUUGCUACUGUUUGAUGAUGGUGGAACUCCACUGCCUCACUUGCGCAAAAUGCUAACGGUACUAUAAGGCCGUCGCAUUUUUAGCCUACUUUAUCUAUGUUCUUAGAGCUUGGCAAUUAAAUGACGAGGCUUGCAACAUUAUUAUUGCCACCAAAUCCUAUAAAAAGUCCAAAACCAGCAGCGUAUUAAUCCAUCCAUAAAUAUUCCCCAGCCUCUCUUGACCCGUCUGUGACACUAGGCCCAAGCCCAACAAAAAUGUAUAAAAACCUGUUGUAAAUGUAUACUUUCAAUGCAAAACAAAACAAACAAAAGGUUAAAUCAUUUCCAAUAACAGUUUGGCACUGUAGGUUAUAGCCUAUAUAUAUAACAAGCUGUAAAUAUACCUGUGUUAAUACACUUCAGGUGCACUGGUGACUGUUUCCAGCAGCAGGGCGGUGUAAUUGAGAAGACGGUCAGAGGAUUUUCCUUUUGAAAUGAGAACCAAAAUCUACCAUUAAUACAACAGAAACGGUCGAUUUUGGUUUUCCGCUUUUAUUAGCAAAGCAAAUAAACAGAAGGCGAGUUGUUUUUUUGUUUUUUUUUCAUUGUUUAAUUCUCAAAACAAAAAAUGGAAAUGAUGUACUUUUCCAUUUUUUGUUCCCCUGUUUAUAAAUGUUGAAUGAUUUUGUUGUUCUCAUUUUAAAACAAAAUCUGUUGGCCUCAAACACUGACACUGAUCAUUGUCUCAGAGUAAACUGCAGUCUUUAUGUCCAUGGUAAUGUAGAGCCCUGUCAUACAGUGCGACAGUGGAGCCCUGUGGCACAGAGGAAUGCAACACUUCAGGCUUUGGAUGCAAAAUCAGUACUUGUUAAUAGGAUCAUUACAGUAUUAUCACCAGUAGCAAUGGUGGACAAAGCUACAAAAAAUAGCAUCCAAACUCAUUGAACUCGGUGACUGUACUGUAUGUGUUAAUUGGGAGUAACCGAAUUAACUCAAAACUUUCUGCAAUGAAUGCAUUGGAGAACAGCAAUCCAAACUAACUAACAAACUAUUUUGGGAUUUCAACAUAGUAGCUUGGGAUAAUAUUUCAAGACAUUUUUAGAAGGUUAGCUUAAUCGCUUACAACUUUCAGUCAAAUUGUGAUGGUAUUACUGUAAAGUUCAGCCAACAAGCUGGGAAAUGCAUCCUGGGUCAUUCUCCUGGUGGUAAAAGCAUAUAGGUCAAGUGGGAUUUUGCUGGCAGUGAUAUAUCCCAUUUGGUGUCACAAAUUGCAAAAGUGUGUCAGCACUGCAAGUGUCUGUUUAACUCCUUCAGAGUAUACGGAUCUUCCUUGUUCAGUUACAUUUCCCUCAGUCAGUUCAAACAACUAUACAACUAUACAUUUGUGCCAUAUUUGAAAGCAAACAAUUGUUUUUGGUUUAGUUUAUCGUGCCUUUUGGUUGAAGGUAUUUGUGUUGAAGCUACAGCUUUUACCUCUCUGCCAAAUCUUCAGUCAAGUAUCCAGAUGUUCUAGCAAAAGAUUUAUGUUGAUUCAGGCAAAACAUAGCGGAAGCAAGCAUCUUUAUUAUUGAGAUAACGUUGGGUAUUAUGUGAACACCUCGGUAUGUUCUCCAUAGAGGCAAAUCCACAUUUCCGUUUCAUUCGGCAAUUUUGAGGCCAGAGAAACAACAACAAAGCAAGAAUGUGAAACGGCCCUUUCUUACAUUACUAGCUAUUUUACCUAGUAAUGAGCUCAAACACUUGGUACUGUAUUUUUAAUUUAAGUGUGUACAUACUGUAGAUGAAGACUGCAGAACCUUAAAACUGACAUUUUUUAAAAGAUAAAAUCUAUUUUUUAAUGAUAUUGUAAAAAAACAAAACAAUCUAGACAAAAAAAAAUAAAGUUUUAGAUAUAAUUUUGGCUCUGAUCUUAUUUACUCCCAGUAUAUUUGAGGAAACUGACGGUUUUAAGCUAAAUGAGCUGUGUGCAUUUAAGCCCAAAGAGGUGGAGAAGAUAGAACAUGUCUAUCCUGAUUUUUGCUCAUAUUUUGUAAUGGAGGUUCAGGAGUGUGAUGCUUGCUUUAUGUUUAUUUAUUUUUAGAACUUCAUGGGCUUUAUUAUGUCACUACUUUGCCAUUGUAUUUUUGGUAAUAAAGACUGAAAAAUAAA